GUGGAGUUUGAUCCAUGAAUCUAAAUAUAUAUGCAUAUAAAAUUCUCUCUGGGUGGUAUAUUUUUUUUUUGCAUCCUGAAAAUUAUCCCCAACGUCCCUGAUUCUAUAUAAUGCGGCGAUAAUUUUAUAGGUCAUAAGUUCAAGCAACUCCAUCCGCGCGCGCCGAGAGCCGAUAUCAGCACUCUUAUUAUUUAUUAUACGAGAGUUCCACUUUUUUAUAGCUGUUUUCACACAAAUAGAGAAGAAAUUUCUGGCAGUUUAAGCUCCCCUCUCGACGAUACUGUUGCUCGGGCAAAGUCCCUGGCAACAAUAAGUCUCCUGGGAGGGAAUUUCGGAGGUUGCAGACAGCGAGAUUAACUUGGAGGAGAGCACGAGAGAAUGCCCAAAGCACAUCUUGGCUCGUAAAAAGAGUGCAGCGGAGAGAAAAAGGGCGAAAUGGAGGCGCCGGGAAUGCCGUGGGAGCAGCAGCAGGAACAGCACCCGACGGACCAGCGGACGCUGCCCAUCGAGAUGCAGUUCAACGACGGCCACGUCGUCGCAAUCAUCGGCUUUUCCAUUCUCUUUGUAAUAUCGUCCGUCGGCAACAGCUACGUCCUCUACAGCAUUUACAAGAGCCCCACCAAGAAGCACAUGAACUUGAUGUUAUCGCACUUGGCCGUGGCCGAUUUGAUGGUCACAUUCCUGAUGAUGCCCAUGGAGAUUGGUUGGGCGCUGACUGUUGAGUGGCGCGGCGGCGACCUUUUGUGCCGGCUCAUGUCCUUUUUCCGCACCUUUGGUCUCUUCCUCUCGGGAUUCAUGGUCAUGUGCAUCAGCCUGGACCGCUACUUCGCAGUGCUGCAGCCGCUGGCGAUGCGCGACGCCAACCACAGGGGACGUUUCAUGAUCGCGGCCGCGUGGCUGGCCAGCGCCGUCCUCAGCCUCCCGCAGGUGUUUGUGUUCUCCGAGAUGCGGCACCCCGAAUACCAGUGGUACACGCAAUGCGUGACGUUUCGAGUGUUGCCCACUCACGGGCAGCAAGUGGCCUACUCGGUGAUCGGCGUCGUCACCAUGUACAUCGCACCCCUGGUCACCAUCAUCUUCUGCUACUCGGCGAUCAUCCUCGAGAUCUGCAAGCGAGUGGUCGAUACAGGAUCUAAGUUACGACGGUCUAACUCUGCAAACCUGUACAAAGCCAAGAUUCAUACCUUGAAGAUGACCGUGGUGAUUGUUGCCAUGUUCAUUGUUUGCUGGACUCCUUACAACAUCAUGCUUAUCUGGUAUUGGAUAGAUCGGAGCGGCGCAUCAGCCGUGGACCAGAAGGUGCAGAAGCUAUUGUUCCUGUUCGGCGCCACCAACUCGAGCUUCAACCCGUUAGUGUACGGAAUUUUCAGCAUCAAAAGACCUAGUGUAGCGGCGGCGCCCCCGAGCAACGCCAAAAUUACUACCAUAACAAGGCUGAAAAGGCCAAAUUCGAGCACGGCUGGGCCGGAAAUGCCGGCGAAAAUAAUGCAGCAAGUCUAACAUAAGCGCGCUUUGUGUGUUGGCGAGGCCUUCAAAGAACGCGCGCCUUCUCGCCGGGCGCAAAUUUCGCGUGUUUCUUACCCUCGGGCCGCGAUUAUUAUCUCGAAACCUAGUCAACGAGGAAAUCGGAGAAAGAUCUUGAAGGGAGAUGCGCAACUAGAAAUCACAGAAAUCGGUUAAAAUUAAACAUUGUGUUAAGGUAUUUUAGUUAUGAUUGUUUUGUAAAAAGAAAAAUAACAAGAAUUUAAUCAUAUUGUUAUUUGGAUUCGAUUCAACCUAGUUUAUUUGUGCCUUCUCUUGAAAAAUAGCUUAGAAAGCAAAAUUAUGGGAGAGCAUCCAGGUUUAAUUAAAUCUAAAAUUGAAGGGCACAUUCAUGCACUUUAGUUAAUUGUAAAGCGCAGAUGAAUGUAAAUAGGAUUCCAAAAUUUCUUGUUCCUUAUUUCAACUUAUUUAUUUUGUAUUUAAUAUAAUUCUUAUUCCAUGUCAAAGGUGUAGAAACAAAUUAAAAUUGAUAUAAUUUAUUAAAGUUAUAAAAAACAUCAUUUUAAAUAUCUGAAUGUUACUAAUAAAAUGAAAUAUUUAAAUUAUUAUUGAAGUUAACAACUUUGUUUUUUUUUUUUGGACGGUGAUAAAAAAAAUUAUGUUGGGUACAGUCAUUAAACUGGGCACGUUUCUCAGUGCACUUAUUUACUUACGACGUAUCUCUCUUCAAGAUCUUUGAUGUAACCAACGUUGGAGUCAAUGAGUAAUCCGCUCGCUUCCAAAGUCUCAUCGACAGCCAGCAAACAAGCAAUAAAUUAACAGACGGAUCCGUUCAUCAGCUUUUUUGCUGCUCUUGUUGUUAUUCGAGCAGACCGUCCUUUGAAGUCUCUCUUUCUCGCGAAGCGCGCUCUCUCGUAUAUAAUACUUUGUACACUUGGGUUUAUUUCUGAUGCCGGAGAUAUGCUUGCUCUCUCUUUUUUACACAUCCCAAGUCACAUGUCGGCUCGAGUGCCAAUCGGAGAGUGGAAAGGUCAAUAGUACACACAACGGGUAUCUUAUGUAUAUUACACACACGUACGACCUCUCUGGCGACCCUCAACAGUUGAUCUCCUUUAUCAUCUUUCUUUUAUUCGCAAUCCACAUGAUGAACCUGCAAGCCGCGCGGCCAGCCGAAAAGAAAGAUAUAUCCCGGCAGCAGUAUAAUAAAUGUUUGCAUGCGCACCCUUUUCAAAACUCGCCGACCCCUGGGUGCCGUAAAUUUUUCUUGCGGGCAGCUCACCUUUGUCUUCCGCAAAUCUGCAGCGAAAUGUUAAAUACAGACCCGUCUAGCUUCCCCCAUUCGUACAUACCUUGCAGUUCCACAUUUUGUUGCCGAUAAACGACUUAAUUUAUACGUUAUUUUAAACUUGUAAAACCGAAAUAUGUAUGAAUGUGCGGUUUAUUUUGUAUAUUAUACCUGUAUGUAGUUCUCAUUAGGUUGUAGCCAAAGUGAAGUGCUCAAAACUUCAUGUCUUUAUUCUCUGCGGAAGAAGGAAUAAUAAAUAUUCAAAUGUGAAAUGCAGUCAUGCGUGUAAGUAAUACAGAAUGCAACCUUGCGUGGAUGAUUUUUUUUUGCUUUUCCUGCCGGCAUUGUAAGGAGUUUCCAUGUGUGUUUAAGUUGAGCUUAAGGAAUGGGAGGUUCCUCGAAAUAAAUCCUCGCCGGCUUUUAGCUGGAAUGAUGAAAAAGGCAGUGUAGAUAGUGCUUUUUCCCGAAAAGAAUGAAUAAAGGCUAAAAUAAAAUAUGAGAAAAGAUAUGCGAGGAGGAAGAAAUUAAAUUCGAGC